UUUAUCUCUACGACCCUGGCGUGCGAAACGGCACCAAUCAUUACUGUCAGACUGCUUUCACACUUGGGUUUUGAUUUGGUGCUGAAAAGCUGCGCUUGAGUGAAAGGGGCAACCUCCGUUGUAAAUCAUCUAUUCUGACAGUGUUGUGCCCACCGUCAGUCUACCUCGACACGCAAAGUUUAACAAAGCCCAGCCGACCUACAAAACGAAAAGCCCUCACAACGAUAUCAUUGACUUCUGUCACUCGUUGCACAAAAGGUCUGGGAGUCUGUUUUCACAGCAGGGGUGCAGGCUGUGUGCAUGUUACCCGGACAGAUCCUGCAGUAUUUUCCAUAUACCGACUUGUAUCGGCAAACCAGCUACCAGCUGCGAGGAUAACACGAAGGAACGUAAAAGUACACGUAAUCGGAGCCCGAUCGGGGUCAAAGGAUUUAUUGUUGAAAUCAUCACCGUCUUUGUACGUAGUGCACUGAAGGCCCCGUGGUUACUUGGUAUAUGAGUCAUCGUUUCCCAGGCACAGCAGAAUUUUGGUAGAGGAACUCAUACUGAAGGGCCAGAUCGGAACACGCGACCACUCUCAUUCAACGAGCACACCUGUACACAUUGCAAACUUUUCGCAGUCCGGUAUUAAACCAUCACUCAUCAGUACUACUAUCUUAUUCAAUUUGUCUACCCCGAGAUGUUAGUUAGUAGUACGAGAAUGUUCCGUCAGCAGCAAUUCCACCGUGUGCCCGCUGUGUUGUCUGCCGUCUUGUUGACGCUCCUCACCGCCCAUGCGGCAACCCUACCCCCUAACGUCAAUUUCUUGGCCGGACCAAAUGAAGCACAAUGCAGUGGGGGUUUUGAUCUGUACUUCGUACUAGACAGAUCCGGAAGUGUUACAAAUGAGAACUUUCAGAGACAAACAGUGGACUUCGUGGAGACAUUACUUCAAAGUUUCACAAGUUCAAAGAUGCGAGUUUCGUUCGUCACAUUCUCAAGUCGAGAUUCUUCCAGCGUAAUUAUGCGGCUUACUCGAAACAGAAACGUUAUAGAGGCUGGCAUUAAAGAUUUGCGUCAGCUUGGCACCUCGGGAGGAACUUAUUUACAGAAGGGUCUAGAAUUGGCCAAUCAGCAGAUAAGAGAAUCAGAUGACGGUACAGCAAGUGUCAUUAUAACUUUGACCGAUGGAAUCUUGGAUGACAGAAUUGAGGCUGCGAAAGAGGCAGAAAUCUCACGCUCCCUUGGCGCCAAGAUCCUGGCAGUUAGGGUGGGAGAAAGCAGCGUGCGAGAUCUCCAGAAGGUAGCUGACCCACCCGCCAAGGAACACAUCUUCCGCGGGGAUACCUUCGAUGAUCUGCAGUCGAUUAUCAUUCAGAUUGUCAAUACUUCUUGCAUUGAGAUUCUCUCUGCUUCUCCGACAUCCAUCUGUGCUGGCGAGGCAUUUAAUGUCAGCAUCACCGGCAACGGCUUCACCAAAACGGAUGACAUCAGUAAGGUCAUCUGUAACUUCAGGCUCAAUGACACAGAUAAUCAAGAGGUGCAUCCGAUCACUGUAUCAUCCAGCUACCUCUUGUGUCCAGCUCCAAAGAUUGCAACCCCUGGCAGCUUUGUGGUGUUGCAAGUGUCUGUCAAUGGAAUAUCCUUUAUUUCAAGCAAUGUGACCAUCAUGGCCAGAGACUGUACUCAGCCUGAUGUUACUGGCGCUGUCUUGGGGGUUCUCCUGACAUUCCUUAUUCUUGGCUUGUUGGCCUUGUGGUGGUUUUGGAAUAUCCUCUGCUGCGUAGUUGUGAAGGCUCCCCCUUCACCUCCACCCCAGGAGCCCGAGUCGCCCUCCGGCAAGAAGUGGCCGGCAGUCAACGCCUCGGUGUACGGUGGUGGGGGGAUAGGUGGUAUGAAACCAGUCACGGUCCGCUGGGGUGACAAGGGAUGCACAGAGGGAGGGUCCCACCUGGAGAAGGCCAAGGAUGCCAAGGUCGUCAAGGAGGUUGAUGAGACACCAGCAGCUAUGAGACACGGAGCCCCGGGAUGCAUGGAUAACUUCAAGAAAGCACUAACUGCCUGCUUCACCCCAGUUAAAUCUCUUUAUGAUCGGAUAUCUGUCAUGAGACCUGCUCCAGGACAAAAGGGAUGUUGUUGCCGAGUUGAGAAUGGGCCCGUCCGCAUCUAGAUGACGGCCAGCCUGAGUGCUUGGACGAGAAGAUUUUUUUUCUGAAGAGGGUAGUAUGUGAAAACAUCGGUCAUCUGGAAGGAUUUCUCCCGCUCAAAAGGAACAGGGCUAUGGUCACCACCUUUUCUUUGUUAUACUUGAAAAGGAGGCCAUGCUGCAGCUAUGCAGUGUUGAUGUUGCAAAUGUGGAUUUUCUCUCUCUCUCUCUUUUGUAAUAUUUUCAUUGUGGUAUAAAAUUCGGCAAUUUCACAGACUGGAUUGACUUGUUUGGAUUUUGAAACAAACAAAGAUUUGAAGGAAUUCUCUUUUUUGUACCAGCAUUGAGUAUUGCAAGAGGUAAUGAAAAUUAAAAAUUACCAAAACAGUUUUGGUACUUGAGCUCUGUAUUUCAGUACUCAUUUUGAACAAAAGUGAAUAGUAGCGGCUAAUUGUAAAAGUUUGUUUAAACAUGUUUUUAAUGUUUGAGGCAGACGGGGCUUAUGGAGUCAGCCUUGUGAAUGCCCUCAUGGAAUGUGCACGGAAGUGAAGUUGUAGUUUUGGUUUGUUUUUUUUGUUUUUGUUUUUUUUGUUUUUGUGUUCAUUUUGUUUACAUUUAUGCAACAAAACAGCUGUAAAGAAUGUCUGUACUCGGUUGACAUUACUUUUGAAAAUGGCAGAUAACAGUAAAGUCUACCAUCUUAAUUUUGCCUCGUACAUUUAAAAAUCUGUGACCAUGUUAACCUGACAAUUUUUCAAAUGUAAUAUAGCAUUAUACAGAUAUAGCAUUAUACUGCUCGAUGCCUUAAACUAGUUGUCCAGUUUUCCAGUACCAUAUUGUACAUACAUUUAAUUUAAAACUAUAACCUCAGUCAAAGUUUGUGCAAAAUACGAACUGGAUUCGUAUUUUGAGCUUGGUGGUGUGUAAUAUACUAUAAUUGCUGGCAAUUGUAAAGAUAACAAUCGUUUAAAGGUAACGCCCCUAUGGCUUUUAUUCCCUACCUGCCACACCCCCUUACGUACGUAGACAUGUGAUGUAACAAGGUGCGCAGUAGUCCAUUUUGGUAGUUCAUUAACGUAUGUUCAUUGUUCGUUGGUGUGGAAUUUUAAAAAGCCGUGGUUAGUCAGUCUGCUGGGUGCUCUUUGUAAUGGAGGUGUGGGGUUCUAGUGCAUGGCGCCAUGCCGUGACCAAGAGUUUUUGGAAGUACAUUACCACGGUAAGAAUACAAACCAUUUUUAACCUCCUAUUUGAUGAUAUCUUGGAAGUAGUUACCCUGAGGACACCUCUCCCAUUAUGGCAUUUUUCAGAUUGUCCAGAAAUCUCUUGUUAAUUGUGUAAAUGUUGAAGAAAAGCCUGGUGCUGUAGAUCGAAAUGUCUAUUUCACUACCGUGAAAGCUUCGCCGGACACAGGUCAUCACGUGUGAAUGGUGUGUCAUUGUUUCAUUUUGCUCAACUGUUGCUCCUGACUAUGGCCACAGUUUGGUGAUGAAAGGUUUUUCUUGUGACGCUUAGAUUUUGGUCUGAUUCCUGUGGUUCAUGCACUUACAAUCUGUGGACAGGGGCAAUCUCCAAUACAGGGCUGAAAAGCUCGCUUGGUAGAGUAUUGUCACGAUGUUCCCGCAGCUCUGGUCAGCUUCUUUUCUCCCGAUACUCUCUAUUCUUCAAAUACGUCCUGGCUUAGAUUUGUUUAUUUGGAUGUUUUAUGUUUGAUAACCUGACUGUUGCAGGUCUGAGUGCUGGAUAACGUAUUUUACAUCAUUUUAAUGUGAACAUCACAAUUUGUAGUCUUUAUGGUCAUUGUGAUUACUGUUCACGAGUCUUACAAUGCCAUAAUAAUUGAAAGAGUUAGGUAGGUAUCUGGCUACCAUAUUUUUUUUUCUAAAUUUCAUAUUUGAAAUGCUGAAUGGACCUUGUCAGUGAAAGCACAAGGUACUGUGGAAAUAUUUUUAAGCUUGGUGGAUACAGAACUCCUGCUUAUUAUAUCAAUCAAAAUAGCUUAGAUCUAGGCAAAAGGGUCACAUAGGGAUGGGGGUUGUGGUUUGAACGGUCAGACUCGUAGACAACCAACAAAACACACAGCAGUGAGGAGACCAGUCGGUUUUCAGUUAUUUUAUUGGUUCAUCUCGAACCUCACAGCUUCUUUAUGAGCUGACAGAAAUUCUAGCUGUUUUUGUUAUUUCAUUAUACAGAGAUAAAUUCUUACAGAUGUUUCUUUUUGUCCCGGGUUUUGUAAAUAAAGUUGAACGACCUAGAUGAUUAUACUUCCACUAAUAUGUUGGUUUUAUGAAAUUUGCUGUGAGAGCUGGAAGUUCCCACUGUCAGAUUACUUUGGCAAAACUCGGUUACCGGUACUUUCCUUGUUUUACAGUGAUAAUUCUUGGCACUCUUUUCCUUGCUGCGAGUAAGUCUGAAUUAGAUACAGUGUUUGUGAAUAGCCAAAUUUGUUUUCAGUGUGUUAUCAAUUACUUUCCGUGAUUUUCAUGAUGAUCAAUUUUACAAGUUCAAUUUUACAAGUUUGAUCCAAUUAGUACGAAGAGCUAAGGGAUUAAUCCUAUCAGUUUUGUUCCGUAUUUAUGUUUAGUUUCCUUUGUGAUUGACAAUAAUGCCUUUUUUUUGCGACUUGAGAAGAAUGCAUUUCAGAAAUUCAUUUUGUCGUCCUACACAGAGUUUCAAAUAAUUUUUUUCCAAUAAUUGAAUCAGUCACUGAAUAUUUCUUAUCCAGCUGCUUCCAUCUGGGAAGUCUUUGAAUUUUCAACAAACUUUAUCAGAACGCUGCUGCUGUAUGGUAACCAAUCAUGGUUUUUUGUAUAUUCAAAAUAGUCAGCUUUUAUCUGUUGCAGCUUUUAUCUGUUGCUGACUAUUCAAUUCAUGCACUGAAAUUCAUGGUGAGGAGGAUAUCAACCUCUGCGUGCAAAGCUGUGUGUCGCUUCACUCUUUCUGGACAUAAUGUCAAGCUUGUCCCGUUUUCAAUAUGUACUUGGCGUCAGUCGGUGAGACUUUUUUUGUGAAUAAAAUGUGAUGCACUUGCCCCGUGCCAUGUGGCUGCA